AUGGGAGUACCGUUUCAAGUGUCCUUUUUAUUGUUGGCCUUAUUUGGCUUCGUGCAGUCGGGAGUUAUGCCAGAGCAAAAGUGUAAGCUGGACGACAAAAAAUGCCUCGUAUCAGCGUUUCAGAAGAUGGUUCCAGUGUUCAUGGCAGGAAUACCUGAAGCUGAUAUAGCAGUGCUAGAUCCUAUGGAGAUGGAUGACGUGAGCUUCGAUAUUGCUGGUUUUCAGUUUUCUCUCAAAGGAGGUCGGUUGAAAGGAUUGAAGAAUUCGGUUAUCGAUGAUGUUGACUGGGAUACAAAGAAAAAGAUUUUGUCCUUUGUUUUCCAUUCGGCUGUUUCUGCAAAAGGCCACUAUACUGCUGGCGGUCAGCUGCUCAUCUUGCCUAUUUCUGGAGAUGGAGACUCGUCGUUGAAAUUAAGCAAUGUUAAACUUUUAGAAAAUCUCGAAAUCAAGGCUUUCAUCCACUACGAUAUAGUUAAAGACUCUGAAGGCAAGGACCACAUCAAACCAAAGAAGUUCCACUUCGACUUUGAAGUAAAAGAAGGAGCACAUUUUCAUCUUAGUAAUUUGUUUAAUGGCAACAAGGAGCUAAGUGACAAUCUGUUGAAAUUUAUAAAUGAAAAUUGGUAUCAAGUUUCCAACGAAUUCGGCAGACCAUUCACAAACGUGGCAGCAAAGGCUAUUUAUAAAAAUAUUGUCAAAUAUUUUGAGAAGGUGCCAAUUCAAGAUAUCACUGUUGCUUAGAAGCAAAUAUCCAAUCUGUAAUUGGAGUAGUGGUAGUAGUAGUGUUGUAUUUAUUUGAGGCAACAAAAAAAAAAUUAAAUUAUCAAUUUGAAAGCAUGUUGUUUGAUUUUAAACCUAAAUAGUUUUAUUUCCCUUUGUUAUUUUACCUGAUUUAAUGACUACACUUACUUACAGUUUACCAACUUAAUAAAUAUUCAUUAUUAGUGGAUAAUUUACAUGUUUCACAAUAAU